AUGGAAGUAGAGAAAAGCAGCAAAGAAAAGGGUGCUGGAAAAGGGCAAGAACAAGAAAAAGGUGAAAAGGAAGAAACAACAAAAAAUUCAAACCAAUCAAACAAAACUCAAAAGGAUGGAAAAAGGAAAAAUGAUGAGCAGAAUCAAACAAGGGCACAAGUGACAGGCCAACAACAAAGGAAAGACAUGCAAAAUCAAGAUGAGCAGAGGCAGCAAGAGGAGAUACAAGAGGAACAGUGGCAGACACAGAAGAAAAGACACCAAAAAAAUCAGGAACAAGUCAUCUCCAAAUCAGUGUGGAGACCUGUCAACCCACCAGUGCAAAAAGCCAAUGACAGCCAACAACAAGAACAAGAAACUUCAGGUAUAUCUAUACUUCCAACUAAAAAUAUUUUCUCACAUCUUGAAAUGCAGGAAAAACAGGAAGCACAACAAACAGAACAGCAGGGAUUCAGGGAAGCAGCUAGUCAGAAGGAUCAUCCCAAAAAUGGACACUGUGCUGAUCAAACUGCCAACAACAAUCCAAACAGCUUGAAGACACCAAAUCUGCAGGCCACUGAUGGAAACAAAAACAGGAAUUUAGGUAUUGACUUAUCUCUCCCAAGCCCCAAAACCCCCAAUAUUAUUGAUGCUGAUGUUGGUCAUACUGUUGAAGCUUAUGGAGGUAUGGAUGGGGGGAGUAAGAAGAAAACCACUAACCUGCAGGAUGGGGUUACCAAAGGGGGGAAUUUGCCUCAUGUUAUGCAUGAGGGGUUGGAUUAUGACCAUAGCAAUGACCAUAGAGCCUCUAAGAAUGAUGAGAACUCAUUGAAUCAGCAGAAUCAACAACUCCAGCAGCAAACUCUAAACAUAGACAACUUUGAGCAACCUGCUAAAGGAAAAAAUGUGAAAUAA